AUGCAGAGAGGAGCAAGGAGUGUGAGAGUAGUCCGAGGAGAUGUACCAAGCCAGCAAAUAGGCUCAGAAGGACAAGUCGAUGGAGAACAAGAGGAGAAUGGAGCUUCUGGAGGGGUAGACAGCACUGAGGGCCAAGGUAAGGAGCCAACGAUAUCGGAUCUGAUUUCUCUUCUCCGUUCACAUAUGGGCCAGCAGGAGACCAGAGAGGCUAAACAGAAGGAGGAAAGUGCAAAGCAAGAACAACGUUUUAAAGCACUUCAACACCAGUUUCAGUUGUUACAGGUAGAAGUACAAGCCCGCACUUCUCCAGUGCCUGAAGGUCAGGCAGCUGAAUCACCUGAUCCAGAAUCUCUAGAUGAUGACAUUCUUCCUCAAGCUGGUCCCAGUAUAUCAGUUACUGGUUCAUCAGGUCAGUCCCAUUUUCUGGAGCCUAAGUUACAAAAGCUCACCGACGAGGAUGACAUUGAACAUUUUUUGAUUACCUUCGAACGCAUUGCAAUGGCCUGUCGGUGGCAAAGAAAUGAUUGGGUUUUUCACCUUGUACCACUGCUUACAGGCAAAGCAAGAGGAGCAUAUGUACAUAUGGAUGUUGAUGAUUCUUUGGAUUAUGACAAGGUUAAGGCAGCUAUUCUUUAUAAAUAUGAUAUCAAUCCUGAGACCUAUAGGCAGAGAUUUCGAUCUCUUGAUGUAAACCCUGCAGAAAGCCCUAAAGAGUUGUAUGCACGGCUGAAGGAGCUUUAUGUAAAGUGGGUCCACCCUAAAGAUAAAACCGUUCAGGACAUUGGGGAAAUUCUCAUCCUUGAGCAAUAUUUACGAAUGCUAUCUCCUGAGUUGCAGGUGUGGAUAAAAGAGCAUAAUCCACCUUCUGCUGCAGAGGCUGCAAAGCUGGCUGAUGUUUUUGUGGCGGCACGGAAAAAGGGACAGCCUUGGAGCUUCAUGGCUUGGAAAACAAAGGACAGCCGGAAAUCAUUCCCGCAAAGACCAGCUGCCAAUGUGAGUAGGGCUUCAUAUAGCCAUCCACCCAAUGAGUCUUUGAGGUCCCCGGCUAAAACCUUGGUAUGCUAUCUUUGUGGAAUGGAAGGUCAUACAAAGCCCAUGUGCCCUGAAAACUCCGCUAAAUUAACCCAAAUGUGCUUUGUGCCUCGAAACCAUGAUAACUCUGAGAUAAAAUUAGACAGAGGGUUAAAGAUGACAUCAGUUGAGAUUAAUGGUGAUACAUUAAAGGCACUAAUUGAUACAGGUAGCACACAGACUCUUGUACACAGACAGUUUGUCCCCUUAAAUAGUAUUAAUAUGACUGAGAUGAUUCCUGUUUGUUGUGUUCAUGGCGAUGAAAAGCCUUAUCCAACAGCAGACCUAUACAUCAAGGUGCAAGAACAGGUUUAUCUUCUGAAUAUUGGGGUUGCUGAUAAUUUGCCAUUCCCUGUUAUAUUAGGCCGAGAUCUACCUGUGCUGUUUGACCUUUUGGAUUAUAGCCACACAUGCAAUGUUGCAGUAACUAGGGCUCAAGCUAUGAAGCCAGCAGAUGCCACUCAGACCCUUAGUGCUCUGCCAUUUUAUGAGGCAGAAUUGGAGACAGCACCCAGGAAGUUGCGCAAGUCCCGCAUGGAGAGAAGGCGAGAGAAAUUUCAUCAUACUACUGUGAAAGCAUCUCCCGUCUGUGAGCCUGAGAUGUCUUUGGACUUUAAAAUCCCAACUAAUAUCACUGAAAUGCAACACAAUGAUCCAGUAUUGACACCCUUUUUUCAGAAAGCCAAAAAGCAAGGACAUGAGAUGGAACCAGAUAUUAACAGCAGUGAGGAUUUUUUUCUGAAAGAUGGCAUUCUUUAUCGGCGGCAAGGAUCACAGGUACAGCUGAUGGUUCCUAGUGGAGCCAGGGAGGUAGUACUGAAUUUGGGGCACUCUGUGCCGUGGGCAGGACAUUUAGGGAAGCAUAAAACCAUGGCUCGCAUUAGGAAGCAUUUCCACUGGCCGGGCCUGCGUGCUGAUGUGGCCCAAUUUUGUAAAAGCUGCCCUCAGUGCCAAAAGACUUCCAUCAAAACCCCCUCCAGAGCUCCACUUCAGCCUUUGCCAGUUAUUAGCACCCCAUUUGAACGGUUGGGGAUGGAUGUUGUCGGACCUGUUGAGAAAAGCAGAGCAGGAAACCGUUACAUGCUGGUAAUAACUGAUUAUGCCACAAAGUACCCUGAAGUUUUUCCUCUGAAAUCUAUAAAGGCCAAGUCUGUGGCAUUUUGUCUGGUGCAAUUUUUCUCAAGGGUGGGAUUCCCUCGUGAGAUCCUGACAGACCGUGGGACUAACUUUAUGUCAACUUUAUUAAAGCAGGUCUACCAGCUUCUUGGCAUCAAAGGACUAAGGACUACUCCAUACCAUCCUCAAACAGAUGGCCUGACUGAGCGCUUUAACCAGACCCUGAAGCAGAUGUUGCGCAAGUUUGUGAAUGACACUGGUACUGACUGGGAUCAGUGGCUGCCUUACCUCCUCUUUGCGUAUAGAGAAGUACCCCAAGCUUCUACUGGCUUCUCACCUUUUGAACUGUUGUAUGGUCAUGAAGUAAGGGGGCCCCUCUCUUUGCUAAAAGAAAUGUGGGAGGGUGACCGGAGAGGGGCAGGGGCUACUAAUGUCAUCUCAUAUGUUAUACAGAUGAGGGAGCGACUUGAGAAGAUGACUGAGCUUGCCCAAGCUCAUAUGGUAGCUGCCCAGCAACAUCAGAAGGUCUGGUAUGAUCAGUCAGCUCGGGAGAGGUCAUUUGAACCUGGACAAAAGGUACUUGUACUCCUUCCAAGUAAUGACAGUAAGCUGUUAGCUAAAUGGCAAGGACCUUUUCAGAUUCAGCAGAAACUGGGAGCUACCACCUAUCGGUUGGCAACUCCAGGUCACUCUCGCUCCAGUAGAGUUUUGCAUGUAAAUCUCCUGAAGGAGUGGGUGGAGAGGCCGAAGAGAGCAGAAGUUCUUUUGAUACGGGAGAUUCAUGAGGAGGAAGAGGUAGAGGAGCAGUAUCUUCCUUCAGGUGUGCUCCAGCAUAUGGACCUUAAUCACCUUUCAGAAGAAAGACAGCUUCAGGUGAAAGAGUUAUGCAGCUCUGGGGUGUUUCAGGAGAAUCCUGGGAGGACGGAUGUUAUUGAACAUGACAUUAUGUUAAAGGAUGGAGCGUCUGUGAGACGUAUGAGUUAUAGGAUUCCAGAGCGGCUGUUAACAUCAUUGAGGAAGGAGGUGGAUUUAAUGUUGUCUCUAGGGAUCAUUGAACUAUCUAAGAGCGAGUGGUGCAACCCAGUGGUUUUGGUCCCAAAGAAGGAUAGUAGCCUGCGGUUUUGUAUUGAUUUCAGGUACUUGAAUGCCAUCUCAAAGUUCGAUUCAUACCCUACACCUAGGGUUGAUGAUUUGAUUGAGCGACUUGGGAAAGCCCAGUACCUGACGACUCUAGAUCUCUGCAAAGGCUAUUGGCAGGUACCACUUACUCAACGCUCCAGGGAACUGACUGCCUUCCGGACACCAUGGGGGCUAUUCCAGUUCACAGUCCUGCCUUUUGGUUUGCAUGGAGCCCCUGCAACAUUUCAGAGGCUGAUGGAUCGGGUACUGUGUGGUUUGUCAGAGUUCACGGCAGCAUAUCUGGACGAUAUUGUGAUUUACAGCCAAACCUGGGAGGAGCACCUCAAACAUCUAGAAAAGGUACUAGAGCGUCUCAGAGAAGCUGGCCUGACUGUUAAUUCGUCAAAAUGUGUUUUUGCCAAGGCUGAAACGGAAUACCUGGGAUUUGUCAUAGGAAAUGGGGUGAUAAAACCACAAGUGAGCAAAAUCAGUGCUAUUGAAUCCUGCAGUUUGCCACAGACAAGGAAACAACUUAGAUCAUUUCUUGGCAUGGCAGGGUUCUACCACCGAUUUAUCCCUCAUUUCUCUGCCAGGGCGUCUCCCCUCACUGAUCUAACAGGUUCUAGGUGCCCUAACCGGAUUCAGUGGACUGAGGAGGCGGAGGCAGCUUUCCAGGACAUCAGGCAAUCCCUCAGUAAGACUCCAGUCUUGUACAGCCCAGAUUUUGAGAAACCUUUUAUUCUUCAAACUGAUGCUUCUGACAGGGGUCUGGGGGCUGUUCUUCUACAGGGACCACCCAAUGAGCGACACCCAGUGGCUUUCAUUAGUCGUAAAAUGUUUCCAAGAGAGAUGAGAUAUUCAACAGUGGAAAAAGAGGCUUUAGCAAUCAAGUGGGCACUUGAUUCCCUCAAGUAUUACCUCCUAGGCCGGGAAUUUACACUGGAAACUGACCACAAGGCGCUCCAGUGGUUGGAGAAAAUGAAGGAUACGAAUGGACGAAUCACCAGAUGGUACCUUGCGAUGCAGCCAUUCCGUUUUACCAUUCAGCAUAUUGCAGGCAAGAACAACUGCACAGCGGACUAUCUUUCUCGCUGUUCCAGCUCACUGCUGAAGGGGGGGAGUAUGUGA